GGGGGCGCUGGCUGCGCGUGUGGGUCACAUGACGGUGGGGUAGCAACAUGGAGUCUUCAAUAACACACAUAGCGCUGCUGCUUUGUUUAGCGUCGUUUUCCAUGCAAAUAAGCUCCUCAAGACUCAUAUCUGAACCGUGUUAUAAACCCAUCACAGACGACACUCCAGACGUUGUAAAGACAAAGGCCCGGCCACAUGAGUACGUGAAAGUGUCGGACCUUCCUCCGUCCUGGGACUGGAGGAACAUCGAGGGGAAGAAUUAUGUGAGCACCACCCGGAAUCAGCACAUCCCCCAGUACUGCGGCUCCUGCUGGGCCAUGGGAGCUACCAGUGCACUAGCCGACCGUAUCAACAUAAAGCGAGGAGGAGUGUGGCCGUCGGCCUACCUGUCAGUGCAGAACGUGAUCGACUGCGGUCAGGCCGGCUCCUGUCACGGAGGAGAUCACCUGAGAGUCUACGCCUACGCUCACAGGAAAGGCAUUCCUGAUGAAACCUGCAACAACUACCAGGCCAGAGACCAAAAGUGUGAGCAGUUUAACCAGUGUGGCACCUGCUCCAACUUUGAGUCGUGUGCUGUGGUGAAGAACUACACUUUGUGGAAAGUUGGCGACUACGGAAAGAUUUCUGGAAGAGACAAGAUAAAAGCUGAGAUUUACACCAAUGGGCCCAUCAGUUGUGCCCUGAUGGCCACUGCUGGCCUGGAGGAAUAUUCAGGAGGAAUCUUCUCAGAGUUUCACCCACUGUCUCUGUCAAAUCACAUCAUCUCUGUGGCUGGGUGGGGUGUGUCGGAGGACGGCACCGAGUACUGGAUAGUCAGGAACUCCUGGGGAGAGUUCUGGGGGGAGUACGGCUGGGCGAGAAUAGUCACCAGUUCCUUUAAAGGAGGAAAAGGAAAUUUCUUCAACCUAGGUAUAGAGAAAAACUGUGCGUAUGGAGACCUUGUUGUAACAUAGGUGACAAAUUAAACCAAUAGAAAGACACUAUGGCAGGGGUGGCCAACCCAUGGCUCUUGAGCCGCAUGCGGCUCUUUGCCCAGUCUCAUGCGGCUCCUCAGUUCAUAUCGAAUUUUAAUUGUGUGGUUUUUUGGGGGGUUUUUUGCGCAUAUGUAUCCAAGUUCACAAAGGAUUAACAACACACAAGUUCCAGGCCAAUUGUUACACAGAGUUUCCGACACUGAUUUAGCCAAUCAGAAUGCAGAUCCUGCAGUACCGGAGGCGGGCUUUACUGCACUCGCGAUGUGACAGGGAAGGGAGAGAUCUGCUUCUGAACGGCGAAAAUACAACUCAGAUAAAACCGUAAUAACUCAAUACAAAGUUGUCAAAUCAAAACGGUCACACUUUGCAGUUGUAGAUUUGUGUGAGAGGGCCUGCUCACGGAAAGCUGGCCCCCGACACAGAAGGACUCCUGAGUUGCCUGAACCGCGGUAACAAAAUAAAUAAGAGAGAAAGUGCAUCUCUGUCAGCAGAGCUUCUGCCAGUCACAGGGUACAAGUUGAGAUAGUUAUCAUGCGAGGAUAAUGAACUAAAAUACACUUCAUUUAUUUUUAAAUAACCGUCAUGAAGCAUUAUUUGAACCAACCUUAGUCAUUGGUUUGUUUUAAAUACAAACAUUUAAAUAUUGUAAAGCCACAUUUGUAAAGGAGUGUUCAAGGCAAUGAAUACCAACUUAGUUCAAAGAAGCAACAUGCAGUAAUAUAAAAUGUGUAGUUUUCUCAUUAUUAAGAGAGUGUGUGGCUGACAAUAAUUUGCUUCUGGUCUUAAUACUGAUUUCUAUCAAUAUCAUGGUGUGUGACAUUUACAAGACAUCCGGCUGAGCAGAGGUAUGUGUGUCUUUAGAUUUUCAUUUUCUAUGUGUGAGAGAUAGAGAGGGGCACAGAGGAAUAGAGUGAGGGCACACCAGUGGCAUAGCUAGGCCUAUUUAAGGUGGACUUCAGCCACCAAAAAUGUUUAAAGCCCACCCAAAUGAACAUUUUGGAAUUGAAAAAAAUAUAUAUAUAUUCUUUUAUUUUUUAUUUCUCAUUGGUGUUUAGAGUUGUGCCCCCUCCCCCUUACCAAGACCACACAGUUAUAUUAGAUGUAGCCUCUUAAUUUUGCUCUCAAAGUGCGACGAAGAACGAAGAAGAAAAAUGUCCAACUUUUCUUUUAGGUUAAAGGCUUUGUUUUUUUUGACAUGUUCAACCUUUAAUAAAUGCACUAAUGAUUCAAAAUGUACCAAAACACACAUGGUUUUUGACUUAGCAAUUUAUCAGUUAUCCACAAAAUAAAUGAAAUACAACUCCG